AUGCAGCACUUCCCAGAGGCGAGCUGCACAACGGCUGCAUCCUCCGUUUUGUCGCCCGUCCUGUUUCAAUGCGUGCGUGUUGCCUCCUCAGACAAGCACCCUGCGAGCGCGGCCCAGUCGUGUGCAGCCGGCGACUCGUACCCGCAGGGCAGAGUCAGGAUGACGCUGGAGAACGCCGACCUCUGGAAGUCCUUCCACAGCGUCGGAACCGAGAUGAUCAUCACCAAGCACGGGAGGAGAAUGUUCCCACACUGCAGCGUCCGUCUGUCGGGGCUCCAGCCGUUUGCCAAUUACGUCAUCAUGAUGGAUAUGGUUCCUGUGGACGGCUUCAAAUACAAGUGGAAGAAGGAGCAGUGGGAGGUUGCGGGCAAAGCGGAGCCCCAGCCCCCGUGUCGGCUCUACAUGCACCCGGACUCCCCCGCUCCAGGAAGCCACUGGAUGAAGCAGUCGUUCUCCUUCCUCAAGAUGAAGCUCACCAACAACACGCUGGAUCAGCACGGCCACGUCAUCCUUCACUCCAUGCAUCGCUACUUCCCGCGCUUCCACGUCAUCCAAGCCGACAGUCCGUACACGGUGCGCUGGGGCCCGUUCCAGACGUUCUCCUUCCCAGAGACCAGCUUCACUGCAGUCACCGCCUACCAGAACCCAAAGAUCACCAAACUGAAGAUUGACCACAACCCCUUCGCUAAAGGAUUCAGAGAAGGGGGCACCCACUCCCACAGUAAAAGAUGUCGCCCAAACAGGAGUCCACCUGCUAAAAGAGUCACAAUGGACGUUAAAUGCUGUAUUUCCCUCUCAGACCUGCAGAGGACGCCCUCCACUUCUCAGUCUGCGCAGGUACAGAAGCCCUCGCUGAAAGGGGGUCACCCUCAGGCCUGGACCCUGGAGCCGGACCCGUCUGAGAGUCUGCACGCCGAGCCCCUGGAGCUCCACGAGUACGACUACAGCUGCGAGGAGCAGAUGGUGCCGGCGUCUGUGCCGUAUCAGCCGUACAGAUCCGUGGAGAACUCCAGGUUUGCGUUUCCCCUCGGCGACGCAGAGGGGCCUCAUGCUGUGGGUCACCCCCCGCCUCCUCCACCGGCCGCCGCUGAGCACGGAGGCCAACACCACGGCUUCCACCACCACCACCAGGCCAGGGCAGCGGACUGGAGCCAGUAUCCUCUCUUCUCAUAUUCCUCUUGGUGAAACGUCACCUCUCGAAGGUGUCAACAUAGAUCCUGAUGUAAGUCACAGAAGUCCUAGCUGUGUUGUUCUGCUUCUGCCAAGCAGAAGGCUGUUUGGAUGCUGUAUAAAUAUGUAUAAAGACUUGUGUUUAUUCAGAAUUAUGUAUAUGGGGAAAACCUGGAAUAAAUUCCCCUAAAGAAGAUUUUUAAUCACAGAUUUUUUUGGUUCAUACAAUGCUCAUUGCAGUCAGCUGGGAAAUAAGUGACAUUUAAUCUGCAGAAGAGUAGACACCAAUCUGCUUUUAUGACACUGCUGUUUUAUGGCGUUAGAUGAUUCACGAAAAGCUUCUGACAUAAAAUAAUUAAAAUAAAAAUAAAUAAAACUUUUACUUAAAAAAAGACAAUCCAUUGGUAAAUAAUGUCAGAUAUUGUGUCAGACUGUAUUUUUCUCAAAGCUGCUG